GCUCCCCGCGGCUCCCCUCUUCUACUACUCCCUCUGGUCUUCCACGCCAAGCCACGCCACGCGCACGCAGACGCAGUGAGCCAGCCCUGUGCUUCUGUAGGGCGCCGCUUCCACACUGCUAGCCAUUACUGCCCGCCCGCCCCCGCCCGCCCCUCUCUCUCCCUCCGACUCUCCGGGCCCGAGGAGCACGGCAGCGGAGGCCGAGGGCAGCCAGCCGCGCCCCCGAUGGCCGGGGACCGCUCGCCCGCGGCGGAGCGCCGGCGGGGGAUCCGGCGCCUCCUCCUGAACCCGCGCGGCGAGGCCGCCUCCUCGUCCUCGCCCCCGCCCCCGCCGCUGCCGCCGGCGGCGGAGGAGGGGAGGCGGAAGGGGUUCGCCUCGGCGGCGCUGCGCGGGCUGGGAUGCACGUCGGCGGCGGCCUCGCAGGCGUACGCGCCCGGGGCGGCCGUGCGGUCGUCGGCGGACUGGCACGGGCGGCGGCGGCGGAAGGGGAAGGAGAGGAGGAAGGAGCGGGGCGGCGGGGGCGGGGGAGGAGGAGGCGGCGGCGGAGGCCUCGUCACCGGGGGGAUCGGCGCCGACGUGUGGUGCGCGCCCGGGAUACCGUUCGCCGCGGAGGCGUCCUCGGUGGACUGCGUGGUGGCGCGGCACCAGAUGGUGGGGAGGGGCGGCCGCGGCGCCGAGGGGGAGAGGUCCCACAGGGAGAGGCCGUGCCUGUCCCGGAGGGCGACCGUGCAGGAGCAGAUAUCCUCGUCCUUCAUGGACUCGCCGCCGCCGCCGCACCUCGACGCCCCAUUCUUCGGCGCCGACCUCAUCCCCUCCGGCCGCCUCCGCCGCAUGCGCGGGUACCGUCACUCCCCCGGCGGCCUCGAAGAAGAGAUCAUGAUGUUUCAGACAAGAGUAUUACUGGGAGGAAUGAACAUGUAUGAUCGCUACCAGGAUUGGCGCCUUGACGUGGAUAACAUGACAUAUGAGGAGUUGCUCGAGCUUGGAGACAAAAUUGGGUAUGUCAACACAGGGUUGCGUGAGGAUGAGAUUACCCGCAGCAUUAGGAAGGUCAAGCACCCACCCUAUGGGUCUUUCCGUUUCGCAACAGAAAUGGAGAGGAAAUGCAGUAUCUGUCAAGAAGAAUUUGAAGCGAACGAAGAGAUGGGAAGGCUGGAAUGUGGCCAUAGCUACCAUGUGUACUGCAUCAAGCAGUGGCUCUCUCAGAAGAACACUUGCCCAGUUUGCAAGACUGCCGUCACCAAGACUUAAAAUACCUACUCCAGGCACGUUCUGUAUUAACGGGGUGGAAUCGAAAAGGAAUCUGUGGUUCUGUACAGCCCAUUAUAUAUGUUAUUAUAUAAACACAUCCAUUCGUUGCAUCUUGCAGAUAGAAAUGCCAUAUUUUGGCUAUCUUUCAUCAAAUCUAUGGGUUCUGAAUUCUGAUACCCUCUUGUUGGAGGGUAAUUUCGAAGAAGUUUUGCAGUGUCAAUUCUGAUGAACCGUGUAAUGUGUUUACAACGUGCCAUCGUAAGGGUUGUGCCUUCUCGUGCAA